GCAGCUCGGGGGGUGCGGGAGCGGGCGAGCGAGCUCGGUGGGGAGAGGGAGAGGGAGAGGGGAAUGUGCUUUGGAGGAGUAUGAUUGAGAGGUAUAUCAGCGGCGAAGCUCCGCUGUCUUUGCAGAGCGCAGUGAUCUGAGGCCGCAGUACUUGUCGGGCGUCGAAUUACGAGACUUCUUCUCUCCCCUUCUCUUCUCAUUCUGUGCUCGCGCAGGGAGGAGAUCUCGGAGGAGUGAGAGAGAAAGGGAUUUUCGAGCGGAAGAGAGGAAGAUCUUAGUCGUUCGGUGCGAGGAACCAUGGGUGUCAAGAUAUGUUGCAUCGGUGCGGGAUACGUCGGCGGGCCGACUAUGGCCAUGAUCGCUCUCAAGUGUCCCGACAUUGAGGUCAAUGUGGUGGACAUUUCCAAGCCCAGGAUUGCGGCGUGGAACAGCGAUGAGCUCCCCAUCUACGAGCCAGGUCUAGAUGAGGUCGUCAAGGCGUGCAGAGGCAAGAAUUUGUUCUUCAGCACCGAGGUUGAGAGAUUGGUGGCCGAGGCCGACAUUGUUUUCGUGUCCGUCAACACGCCCACUAAGACCAGCGGGCUCGGAGCUGGCAAGGCCGCAGAUCUGACCUAUUGGGAGAGCGCAGCGCGUAUGAUCGCCGACGUCUCCAAGUCCGACAAGAUCGUGGUCGAGAAAUCCACCGUGCCGGUGAAGACCGCGGAGGCAAUUGAGAAGAUUCUGACGCACAACAACAAGGGGAUCAACUUCCAGAUCCUGUCGAACCCGGAGUUUCUGGCCGAGGGAACCGCCAUCGAGGAUCUGCAGAAGCCCGACCGCGUCUUGAUCGGAGGCCGCGAGACCCCCGAGGGCCAGAAGGCCGUGGCCGCCCUCAAGGCCGUGUACGCGCACUGGGUGCCGGAGGAGAACAUCCUGACCACGAACCUGUGGUCGGCCGAGCUGUCGAAGCUCGCCGCCAACGCCUUCUUGGCGCAGAGGAUCUCGUCCAUCAAUGCCAUGUCCGCCCUGUGCGAGGCCACCGGGGCCGAUGUGUCGGAGGUGGCUUACGCCGUGGGCAAGGACUCGAGAAUUGGGCCCAAGUUUCUGAACGCCAGUGUCGGAUUCGGAGGAUCUUGCUUCCAGAAGGACAUUCUGAACCUGGUGUACAUCUGCGAGUGCAACGGGCUCAUGGAGGUGGCCAAUUACUGGAAGCAGGUGGUGCAGAUCAACGACUACCAGAAGACUCGCUUCGUCAGGCGCGUCGUGUCGUCCAUGUUCAACACCGUGUCCGGAAAGAAGGUGGCCAUCCUCGGAUUCGCAUUCAAGAAAGACACGGGCGACACCAGAGAAACCCCCGCCAUCGAUGUGUGCCACGGCCUUCUUGUAGACAAGGCCCUUCUGAGCAUCUACGACCCGCAGGUGACAGAGGACCAGAUCAGGCGAGAUCUGUCCAUGAACAAGUUCGAGUGGGAUCACCCCCAGCACCUGCAGCCCCAGAGCCCUACCACUCUGACCAAGCAAGUGAGCGUUGUGUGGGAUGCGUACGAAGCCACCAAGGGAGCCCACGGUAUCUGUGUGAUCACGGAGUGGGACGAGUUCAAGAAUCUGGACUACCAAAAGAUCUACGACAACAUGGUGAAGCCCGCCUUCAUCUUCGACGGGCGCAAUGUGUUGAACAUGGAGGAGCUCCGCAAGAUUGGGUUCAUCACCUACUCGAUCGGCAAGCCUUUGGACCCGUGGGUCAAGGAUUUGCCAGCAGCUGCCAAUUAAGAUCCUUUUGUUUCGCAGAAACCAACGGAUCAGUCUUGCAUUGUCAGUUGUGAUUCAAAACUUCAGGCAGAGCUUAUAUUUUCCUUUGACAUCACCGAUACUUGAAAUUGGGAUGAGUCCUGAAGCAGCUAGUUGCCCACAUUCACGAGCUCUCUGUCACUCGCAGAUUAUGAAGCUAUCUCAGGAGAGGCAAUGGAGUUUUCAUCAGAUGAAUGUUCAUCUCCCCCAUUCACCUCUUCAGCCUCAAAUUGUAGAUCUCUCUUAGAUAAUUAAUAGUCGAAUGUAACGGGCAUGCAGGACUAGCUUGCUGGAGGAGAUAAGUGGGGUUAGAGGGCGAGUUCGUAGAUCAGCAUUACAUGGCCGUGACUUCAGUUGUGAACAUCGACGUCAAAUUUUAGCUAGUUGCUCACGUUUCACCAGAAUGCUGCUGACCUGGUUGACAGACUCAGGAUUCAAAGAGCGUGAUUUACCAUCAUGUUUUGCUAUCCCCGAGCUGGCUGGCAUUCGGAUUGUAGGCAGAAGCAGUAGAUUCACAUAAGUGAUGUCCGGUAUGAUCAACGCCAGACCAGAUUCUAUUCUUUUCAUGGACCAUUACUUUGUAGGUUCAUGGUUAGGACCUUGACUUCGUCUUGGAUCCACAAUUGAAUGCCUGUAUUUUAACUCGCAUAGAUGCACUCAGGUGUUCCAAUGA